AUGACACUCUUCAAAAAAACUCCAAUACGAUUCAGUAAAGAUAAUCUACAAGGUUUGAUACUGAUAGGUCAAGUGGAUCGAUGCUAUAUUGCAUGUAUCCUUCCUUUACAUUCAGCAGUGGUCGACCUUGAGUUGCAAAUCAGUUGGCAGUCGAGUCAUUGCGAUCUUUUGGUCUUCAUUGAUCAGCAUGCAGCCGACGAGCGCAUUCGUCUUGAACAGCUCCUACAUGAGCAGCCAAAAAGCGACAUUGACAUACUCAAAUCCCGGGCCUGCAGGAAAGUCACUCGAUCCAGUAUGCAUAAAUCUGCAAUCAAGUUUGGGGAUUAUCUAUCUCAAUCAAGCUGCUCCUUCCUAUUGAAUAGUCUUUCCAAAUGCAAGUUUCCCUUUCAAUGUGCGCAUGGCCGACCCACCAUUUCCCCGAUUGGAUAUCUUCCCAGUGCUUCCAACUCGAGUCUUGAAAAGAAUCCAACCUUUUUGUAUCAACAUAUUCAAAUGGAUGCUGUGAAGCCUGGUACAUGCUUUGUUUGUAACAAGGAGUCUCAAAAUGUCCUAACAAAUGGAGCUGGAGAUUGGUUUUAUGUAUGCAUCUCCCAUACCAGUGACCGAAGUUUUUGUCGACCAGAAAAAGUAUCCCUGCCAGCACCAUCCAAGCCGAAUCCAGAAAAAGUAGAGCCCAAGAGUGAUGCCGCAUCCAAAGAAACUGACUCCAAGCCAGCUGAAAAGACUCCAGAUGCACCAACUCCUUUAAAAGAAUCAAACCAGUUUACACUAACAUCCAACUUUGUCUAUCUAAGACAAAAUUAUCACAAGAAACGAGAACAAGCCAAAAGUGCCAAAGCUAUUUCAUCUCAACUACCAUCUGUGCCAAGACGAUCUGGAUUUUAA